UUGUGAUUAUUUUUAUGAACAAACGUUCCUCUUGAACACCGGGUGAUUCCAUAAAAGUUCGGUUGAUGUUCUCCAGUGAAUCGGAGAAAAAUACAAGGGUAAAUCGGCAGUGUCCAUCCACAGCGUCGAGUCAAUCCCGUGUGCCCCCAAACGUCUCCCACACGCUACCCAACGCUCAUUUUUUCAUACGUUCGCAUUCCGCAGGUGAGGAGUGAAUUCACGGCAUCCAGGAUUCACCAGACGGGAGGCCCAUGCGCUAUCGUCGACGGUCCCGGCCUAGCAGGCCAGUGCUCUCUGCCUCGUCGGGAUAAAGGGACCCUCGCCUGAAUCGGGACUCUACUCGAAAACUCGUGUUUAUUGCCUGGGACGACCCUGUGAACUUUACGCGAUACGUUCUUGGGGCUCGCGGGUGCCUUGGAAGGAUAUCAAGGGGUGCCUUUCUUUCGGGACCAUCCAAUAUCCGAGGAACAAUGGCGAACAGGACGAAGAAACGGGUCCUUUAACGGGCAUUGUUCAGAUGUGAUCCAUUCAGAAGGGGUGAAAUCAACACGAUAGAUGUUAUGAAAAUUAUGGAUUGCUGGCUAUUGAUACCCCUUCUACUAGCUGCGUUGUUUGUUUUAGUGGAAGGAUUACCGGCCCCUCAAAUAAGUCAGCACGGUCAGCCUCAAGCAGGUUCCGUAAGCACUCCAAUACCAGGUACUAUAUUAUUCCCCGUUGGGGGUGGAGGUGUGGGAGGCAUCAGAAGGACCCUGUCAGGAUGGAGAGAAUGGAGGAGGGCAGACCCUACCCUCAUUCACAGCCUCUGGCGGAGCAAGAUGGGAAACGGAAUACGAAAACAGCUGGGCAAAGCGGAAGUCUACAUAAUGCUGGCACUAUUCAUAGGCCUGGUAACUGUCGUCAUAGGAUGCUGGCUGUCGGACAACUGCUGGUCGCCCGACCCAGACUCUCUGGUGAUGACAGUGGCCUGACCAACACUCAAACCGGCACACCUGAACUCUGUGCACACCACCGUAGAGGUGGAAAACGAAUCAUCGAACACAUCCUCGCACGAGUCGACCACAGACAGCGACUGGCCUCUAGAGGGUUCAACGAAUGGAGACUCGAUAAAUCUGUGACAUCAGAUUCUGCCCGAUGAGGCAUUCUUCGAGGCAGAAGAGGAUGACGAACUGGAAGAAGAAGAGCAAACGAACGCGGACCAGAUCGUUGAAGAUCAUACAAAUUUCUGUCGACUGCACAAACAGAACAGUAUAAUGGACGAUAAGGAUGUUCAUCGCGAGUGUCGUUUGGACAUCGACGAGACUUUGUGAUGUGAACAUAGAGAAACCUCGAUAUAGAUCUAAGAGUAGUUCUUUUAAUACUGGUAUUUUCGAAGGGAAAUCAUUCAAAUCGUUGGUCCUAUCAGACUGAAUUAUUGUUAUAUUAACAACCGUAUAGUAUCUCAUUUCUGUACAGAGAGAUGAUGAAAUACAUUUGUUUUCGAAACCUGACUGUAAAAAACGUAGAUUUCCUGAAAAAAGCGAAAAAGUUGAGAAAAACGAUAAAACUCUUGGGGAAUUGAUGAACCAAUAGAAAUAAUCAUUUUGCAUUUAUAAAACAAUCCAUAGAUGGCGUAGUAAAGAAUUUUCGACUACAGUCACUAUAUAAAUAUAUA